AAAGUUAAUUGAAACCGACCCAAAACUCCUUUUUCCAUUAUUCUAAAGGUAGAUUCGAUUAUUGUUGACUUAAGCAUCGAAGUGUCUACCCCGAUGAUCCACCUCGGGGCUUUGCAGAUUUAUCCAGAGUGAAGACAUGGAUUGAAGAAGGACUUUUGGUUUGGUGCAAUUACAUUUGGAGCUGUCUGUGGGAAUCCGAACUAAAAGCUCUCUUGUUGUUCUUUCAUCAUGGUUAACACUCGAUCUGUCCGAGCUAAAAGUCAGGCUCAGCCUCCUACCCAAGGCCAAGCUCAGUACCUCAAUAACCUUCCACCUCAUAUCCCGAAUCUAUUCCCUCCUGUUGAACAUGUAGAAAGAGGUGAUGAGAACCAACCUCACAAUUUAGCUCCCAUCCCGAACCAAGGUAAUGUAGUCUCAGCUCAGCUCAGUUCGCCACAAUGCAACAAUAGUUUGGCUCAGAAUGCCUCUGAUGCAUUGAUGUGUAAGAUCUUUCUUUCCACUCUCCGAGGCAAUGCUCGAAUGUGGUAUUACAGUCUACCUCCGAGAUCUAUCAGUUCUUAUACAAAGAUGACAUCUGCUUUUGCUACAAAGUUUUUCAGUAGAAGGUUGAUUAGGAAAACUACUUCUGAGCUGAUGCGAGUCAUGCAGAGAGAUAGAGAAUCUCUAAAGAAUUACAUGAGCAGAUUCAAUGAUGCAGUUUUGGAGGUUAGCUCAUUCGAUCAAGCUAUGGGAAUUGCAGUUUUAAUUCAGGGUCUUAACCAUGAAAGAUUCAGAGACAACUUAAUUAAGCAUCGCACUGCCACUUGUAACAAGGGGCCACAGCCACAGGGAUCUCGUAAUGUUGGAAAUAGGCAAGGAGUGGGAUAUCAACAAGCCCCAUCUCCACUUCCGCCACCAGCCAGAAUUAUACACAUGAUUACGGGAGGAUUGGAAGCAGGGGGUUUGAGCUCCAAGCAAAGGAAGUUAUAUGUUAGGGAGGUGAAGCAUCAAAACAGAGCUCAGAAAAGAAAGUUUGAUAAUGCUGACUGGAAGAAUCAACCCAUCACUUUCAUAUCUGUUGACUUCGAUACAGUUGUAACACCCCAUAAUGAUCCUUUGGUCACUUCUGUUAUGAUUAAUAACUGUGAGGUACAACGUGUCCUUGUUGACACAAGGAGUGCACCGAACAUUAUGUAUUAUCAUUGUUUUGAGAGCCUAGGACUAGAUUUAGCUUUAUUGCAAAGGGGUAGCAACAUUACAAGGCAACCAGAGGUGGCAAGACAUUGCUAUAUUACCUCGGUUACAAGGCCUCAGAAAGGACAAGAUCAGACAUCAGAAACUAUUUCACAGGAAGUUCAUGAUAACCAGCAGGUUAUGGGGGUCGAGGUUGAUUACUGUGAGUGGGUAGCCAAUCCAUUACUGGUCAAGAAAGCAAAUGGCAAGUGGCGAAUAUGCAUUGAUUACACAAAUCUUAACAAGACGUCUCCCAAAGACUGUUAUCCGGUGCCAAACAUUGACAAACUGGUUGAGGCAGCUUUUGGAAACGAGAGAUUAAGUCUCUUAGAUGCAUAUUCUGGUUAUCACCAAGUCUUGAUGGCUCUUGAGGAUGAAGAGAAGACCUCAUUCUACGUAGAUGAUGAAAUCUAUUGUUUUGUCAUGAUGCCCUUUGGCUUAAAGAAUGCAGCCGAAGAUCAUUUAGCUGAUCUUGAUGAGACAUUUAACAACUUGAGAAAGAAUAAAAUGCAGUCGAACCCAGCGAAGUGCAUCUUUGGUGUGGAGUUUGGAAAAUUUCUAGGCUUCAUGGUAUCCAGGAAGGGAAUUGAGGUUAACCCAGAAAAGAUUAAAGCAGUAGCCGAGAUGGAACCACCAAGGUCAAUAAAGAAUAAGUCAGAAUGCUUAGGAAGAUUGAUCAAAUGGGCUGUGGAAUUGGGGGAAUCUAAAAUAACGUUUCAACAGAGGUCAGCAAUUCGAGCUCAAGCACUAGUAGAUUUUAUUAUGGAAUGCACCUCAGAUCACUCAAAUUCUAACCCCGAGCCUGACAGUUGGAUUCUAUAUGUUGAUGGAGCAUCAAGUAGCAAAGGCUCCAGAACUUGUGCAUUCCUAGUUGGUUCAGAUGGAUAUCGAAGUGAGCAUGCUUUGAAAUUCCAUGUCGAUGCAACUAAUAACAUGGCUGAAUAUGAAGCUCUGCUACUUGGCUUGCAACUAGUAUUAGAGCUGAAAGUCACGACAAUACAAGUAUAUAGUGACUUACAGCUUGUGGUUAAUCAAGUCAACUCAGUCUGUAAGGUGGUUGAUUCUAUCAUGAUGAAGUAUGUAGCCCUAGUGGCCGAGCUGAGGUGAAAAUUCCAAAAAUUUUGUUUGAGCAAAAUACCCCGAGCUGAAAAUGAACAAACAAAUUCACUUUCU